AUGACUAAUAUUCAAAAGCUCUCAACUACAAAAGGUAAAUCCAUGAUUUUUCAUGAUGGUUACGCGUAUACAUUAGAACGAAGUACCGAUAUCAAACUCAUUUUUUGGUGUCAGAAACGUGAUUGCAAAGGGCGUUGUCAUACAAAUCUGGCUACGGAUUUAUUUUUGACACCACCCACUGUACAUUCACAUGCACCAAAUCCAGAUCACCUUCCAUUUUGCCCAACAGUAACUUGGAAUUCCACGGGAAUCACUUUUGCUAAUGAAUCGAUUGUUGGUCAACGUCCUCUCGCUAUUUUUGUCAACACAAACAACACAGUCUAUGUCGCUAAUCAAGAAGAAAAUGAAAUUGUCAUGUGGGAGGAAGUUGUGAAAACAUGGUUGAAUGAUCCUGUAAUGACAUCGAUCAUUGUUGCUGGAACUGGUAUUAAAGGAUCUAAUUCAAAUCAACUCUCGUAUCCUCGUGGAAUCUUUGUCGAUGUGAGCUUGGAUUUAUAUGUCGCAGAUUGUGAUAAUCAUCGAGUUCAAUUGUUUCAGUUAGGAAACUCAAAUGGCAUCACAGUAGCAGGAAGUCAAUCGCCAAAUCCAACAAUUUCGCUUAGUUGUCCAACUGGCAUUGUGUUAGAUGAUGAGAAAUAUUUAUUCAUUGUGGAUAGUUUCAAUGAUCGCAUUGUUGGAUCAGGAGUGAAUGGUUUUCGAUGUUUAAUUGGAUGUUAUGGAGGAGGUUCACAGUCCAAUGAAUUGUCUGUCCCAUUUACUCUUAGUUUCGAUCGUUCUGGAAACAUGUUUGUUACUGAUCAAUUGAAUCAUCGAAUUCAACAGUUUCAACUGUUAGAAAAUUCUUGUGUUUGGAAUCGCAAUGGAAUCACUUUUGCUAAUCAAAUGGCCCUUGGUUCUAAACAUCUCACUAUUUUUAUCAAUGGAAAAAAUUCAGUUUACACGAUUAAUAAAGAAAAAAAACAAAUUUUAAUUUGGCAUGAAGGUAAUAUUGACCCAGCAGUGAUCAUUCCUAGUGAUUUUUAUAAUCCAUCUUCUCUUUUCGUUACAUCGAAUGAUGAUAUUUAUAUUGAUAAUGGUGAAAAGAAUGGUCGAGUAGAGAAAUGGAUAUCAAAUACCAGUACUUGGGUUACGGUUUUGUUUGCUUAUUCAUUAGGCAAGGGUCUCUUUAUUGACACAAUGGAUAAUUUAUAUUGUUCGAUGUCUAAUCAUCAUCAUGUUGCGAAAAGAUAUUUGCACGAUCAUAUUAUGAUAUUGGCUGUCGUCACUGGAACAGGUGAUAAAGGAUCUGCCUCGACUGAGCUUAAUCAUCCUCACGGAAUUUUCGUCGAUGAAAAGUUCGAUUUAUAUGUAGCAGACUGCGGAAAUAAUCGAGUUCAAUGCUUUCGUUCACGGAAAUCACAUAGCAUCACUGUCGCAGGAGAUAAAUCAUUCAGUUCCACAAUUCCUCUUAAUUGUCCGACUGGGAUAACAUUUGAUGCUGAGAAAUAUUUAUUUAUUGUCGAUUCAAAUAAUCAUCGAAUUCUUCGAUUAGGACCAAGUGGUUUUCGAUUUGUUGUUGAAUGUCGCGAAGGUGUUUUCCAAUUCACUCAAUUGUCUUCUCCAUUUAGUCUUAGUUUUGAUCGUUUUGGAAAUAUGUUUGUUACUGACACAGGAAAUAAUCGAAUUCAAAAGUUUCAAUAUCUGAAAAAUUCUUGUGGUAAGUUGAAAAUGGAGAAUGUAUACAAUAAGAGAUGUAAAUUGUGUCGAUGA